UCUCUGGAUCUCUAUCUGCCCAAAUUGGUGCUUUUUUAUUUUAAAUAUAACCAUAGCAAAACUUCCUGCACACUGCCAUAUCCUCGGGAACCACAGAGUUUUUCUUAUAAAUAGAAACAGAAACAAGACAUGCAGUAUUUGCAUUACAGAACAUUUUGAAGAAUAUUUUAGUAAACUGCAAAUCAGUAUAUCAUCAGAGAAGACAAGAUGAUGAAGAUGAUUACAUUAUUGGUUGUGGCUCUUAUGAUAGCUAUAUACUGUUCAGAGACUCUUGCAGCUCCAGCAUCUCUUGAUUCUCCAACUGAGUGCUGCUUCAUGCAUACCAAUAAACAUCUUCCCAGAAACCUCAUAGCUGACUACAAGAACACAAGCAGAAAAUGUCCAUUGCCAGCUAUCAUACUAGUGACACAAAAAGGCAACGAGGUAUGUGCGGAUCCAGAGGAAAAAUGGGUUCAAACUGCGAUGAAAGCCUUAGAUGAGAAGAAAGCAGUGCAAAAAAAAAGGAAAACUGCAACAACAUAACUUCAUAAAUAAUGGAGAAAGCCGACUCAUUGAAAAACAAAAACUUUGUGCUUCAAAGUGCUUUAUGCUAGGAAUGCCAUUAUAUUAUUAUAGUGUUGUCUGUCAAAGGAUUCAAACCUUGAGCUCAACAAAACUUUCCUUUUAAUAUGCAUCAUUCUCAUCAUAAUAAAAAUACACUGGCAUGGGAUGCUUGAGCAAAAGUGACUUUCAAAUUAUCCCUCUUCUUAUAUGGUUACAUGGAAGAAGUUUGCUUCCCAAGAUGUUAGACCUACUCUGCUUGCAUGAAGAUACGUCUGCUGUGUUUUUGACAACAUUGUGGCAGCCUUCUUGUUUAGUGACCCAGUGUGUUACACCCAGUUUUAGUUCGAAUGACAUACAUUAAAAUGCAGCACAGUCUGAUAUCAAGUAAUUCUGUACCAUCCAUUUUUGUUGCAUUUUACUCAAACCCACUCCUGAAAUGACUACAGAAACUAUUCACAUAUAAGAAUAACUCAACAUGAUUUUUUAUUCUUUUCAGAAAAUUCUUGUUAACUGAAAGACUAAUGAGAAAUUACUUCACUUAAACCAUUGCAUACUACAGAACAUGUUUGUGGUUGUCAGUGUACCCAUGAUGUUUUAUUAAUUUCUUAUCAACCAGACAGCCGCCACACAUAUAGCUAAUAGGGGUUUAGCCAAUUCCAACACGUUCAAAAGAAGGAUGAAAUUGUAAUAAGGGUAAUAGUGAAAAAGUCAAAAACAUGCAGUCUUGUCCCACUGUUUAGUACCUCCCUCUUCUCAUCUGACAACUAGUAUGUUCUUAUGCCACUCUGUACUCCAACCAUGUGUGUGUGUUGUAUUUUACCAGAUUUUCAUGCAUCUUUCAUGAGUUCUCUGCUUUCCUUAUUUUAUAUUGGGUUUUUUUUUAUAUUUUUCUAUCAUAUUUAUAUUAUCCAAGUUUUUACAAUUUAUAUAUAGUUUGAUAUGCCAAUGUGAGUAAAUGCAGUCACUUUAAUCAGCUGUAUACGAAAUGCAGUUUUAUGACAUGGAUAGGGCAGCUAGUAAUAACAGUAAAAAAUACCAUUUGGAUGUUUUCAUAAAUAAACUUUUUUUUUAAGCCAGAAA